AUGCCAGAGGAACGAAAAAUUUCCCGCAUAGCUGACCUUGUGAUGCCGCGGCUUCCGGCAGAUGAAAAAAUCCCUGGCCCGCAGGUUUCUUCCGAGACGUGUACGUUCCAAUGCGUGCAGCAGGGCAUAAUCGCGCGAGUUCCUGUUCUCGGAUGGCUGCCGCAUUAUGAUUUUCGACGAGACUUCUUCUACGAUUUUAUUGGUGGCGCCACUAUCGCCCUCAUUUGCCUGGUGCAGACGCUGGCCCAUGCUGCCAUUGCAACCACGAAGGUUAUUCAAGGACCUUAUUGUGCCUUCGUGCCACCGUUUGUCUACGCAAUGCUUGGGACGUCGCCUCAUGCCUCGAUUUCAUCUGGUGCUAUUGCAGCUAUUCUGCUGGCCGACCAGCUGCAGUACUGGCAUGAUGAAGAUGAACGGACAGAAUUGGCUUCUUUAUUGGCUUUGAUUAGCGGAGGCUGGUUGGUUGCGAUGGGACUUUGCCAAGCGGCCUAUGCAGUUCGUUUCCUGUCUCAGUCGCUGAUCAGUGGAUUCGUCACUGGCGGUUCUGUGCUCAUCCUCGUUGGCCAGCUGAGAAACUUAUUGGGCCUGAUGAAGAUGCGACACGCAAUUGGCUUCACCAACCAAGUUAGCGCAAUCAUUGGUGCGCUGCCAGAAACGCACAUCCUUGGAACUGUUUGGGGAUUGGCGAUGAUGAUGGUGUUGCAGUUGCUGAUGUGGCUUAAGAAGCACUUGGUCAAUGAGUUAAAGAAGCCUGGACCUCACCCAAGCUGGAUGAUCCCCGCGAAGAUUGCAUCUGAAAUGAAGGAGCUAGUCCUCGUCGGCAUCAGCAUAAUCUUCGCUUAUUGCACUUCCCUUGAUGACGGCGAAACAAGGUUGCCGGUGGUGGGUGAUAUUCCACCCGGUUUGCCGCGCUUCAUGCCCGCCUGGGACUACCCUGCUUCACAAACGAUGCUUCACACGCAGUUCCGCUUGAAGGAAUUCUGCAUGGGCGGCUUUCUGGUGGCACUCACCUCUUUUCUUACGACAUAUGCAACAUCGAAGAAACAGGCGCUCCAGCACGGCUACCACAUUGAUGCCAGUCAAGAAAUGUUUGCCCUUGGCAUGGCGGGGGUGUGUGGAUCAUUCUAUGGCUCUUUCACGCCGAGUGGCUCGCUGAGCAGAACGAGUCUGGCUUCCGAAGUCGGAGUCAAAACCCAGAUGAGCGGCUUGAUGAAGCUGGUUGUGGUUGGUACGAGCUUGCAGUUUCUGACCCCCAUCUUGUAUUACCUUCCCAAGGCGACGCUGGCAGCAAUCAUCCUGCGCUCGACCUGGCAACUGGUGGACCUGCACACCCCCAAGACACUCUGGAGCUCAUGGAAGCCAUACCAUCGGGGUGGUAUGAAGCGAGACUUUAUUGUUUGGUGGAUCGCCUUUCUUUUCACAAUCUUCAAAGGUGUUCUGUGGGGCAUCGGCUUAGCCGUCUUCGUUUCCGUGCUCAUGAUUGUCCACGAUGCUGCGGUGCCCAGGGUGGUGAAACUUGGUUCCAUCGAGUCUUUGGGCAACAUUUGGCGUGACCAGGAGGUCUGGCCGGAAGGGCGCACCUACCCAGGCGUUCUGGUUAUCGAGUUCAGAGGGCCUUUGUCCUUUGCGAGUGCCGACCACUUCAUGGAAGAGGUCGAGAACAAACGCUUGCAAGAAGAGGAGGCUGGAAAUCCAGUGGACGUGAUUGUGCUGCCCUUUGGCAGCGUGCAUGACUUGGAUAAGACUGCCAUUGAGAUGCUGCGGGACUUACUUACUGAGUGGCGAAAACGCAACAUGUCCUGCAUCGUGGCGGAGGCGAAAAGUCGAGUCCGACUGCUGUUGGAGGAGCAUUUCGGAACGGGGUCCAAGCCUCUCCUCGACCAGCCGGCGUUCAUGAUCAGUUUGGACGAUGCUGUUUCUUUGGCCAGAGUCAAUGUGGCCAAGCGGAAACGGCGCGUCGCCGCCCAGGACGACUCAGGCACGGGCGAAGGCAACUUUAGAAAUGCGACGCUGCGGCAGCCGCUGCUAACUGACGAGGAAGUUGGGCAGAACGAUCGUGGAUUUCAUCGCAGUACAAGUGCGAGGGUUUAG